AUGGAUCAAGUCGUACAGGAAGUUGAAAAUAGAGUAUCAAAUGAUGAUUAUAGAGAUGUUGUUGAAAUAGGAAGCAUACAUAGUGAGGAGGGUAGUAUCCAUGAUGAAAGUGAGCUUAAAAGGAAAGAAGAACAUACUGGACGUGUUUCACCUGCUUACUCGCAAUUAUCACCAAAACAACAGCCACUAGAUCUACGUGCUUCACCAAUUUCCCAACACUCACAACGCUCCGAUGUUUCACCGUCAUCACCCACUUCACAAGCGUCACCAGGAUCUAAAAGUAAAGCACUAUCAACCCAUUCGAAUGAAGCUAACGAGUCGCGUUCACCAUCACCUCUUGAGCCACCGCCUGAAAUCAACAUUGGUGAUAACUUUUUGCGUAGGCCUUCAGUCGGUCUAGGUCCAGAAGCUGAAGAGAAUCAAGUUGAUUACGUACCAACAGAUGACGAGGAUGACAAAUAUAGUUACAAUGAACGCAAACCGAUUAAAUGGCACAAAGGUGCACUCAUCGGAAGUGGAUCAUUCGGUAGUGUCUACUUAGGUAUGAAUAAAUCAACAGGUCUGCUUAUGGCUGUAAAACAAGUUGAUUUACCUGCUGGUAAUAGCACUGGUGUACAUAUCGAACCGAGGAAAAAGUCAAUGCUUGAUGCACUUGAAAGGGAGAUUGAACUUCUCAAAGUAUUAAAACACAAGAAUAUUGUGCAAUAUUUAGAUUCUUCGCUUGACGAAGCUUGUUUGAAUAUUUUCCUUGAGUAUGUUCCAGGUGGAAGUGUAGCAGCACUUCUACAAAAUUAUGGUGCAUUUGAGGAAGAAUUAGUGAGAAAUUUCGUCAAACAAAUUCUCACUGGAUUAAACUAUUUACACACUAAAGGAAUAAUUCAUAGAGAUAUUAAAGGUGCCAACAUUCUGGUUGAUAACAAAGGUGGUGUUAAAAUAUCAGAUUUCGGUAUUUCAAAGAAGAAAGUGACGGAUAAUUUGUUCGGAGCUAAUAAAGUUGUUAGACAGAGUUUACAAGGUUCUGUAUUUUGGAUGGCACCUGAAGUAGUAAAGCAAGAACCAUAUACUCGUAAAGCAGAUAUCUGGUCAUUGGGUUGUCUCAUUGUUGAGAUGCUUACUGGUGAACAUCCUUUCCCAAGCUUAAAUCAAAUGCAAGCAAUUUUCAAAAUUGGUAGCUCUGCAUCACCUACUAUUCCUGAUGAUAUUAGUGAUGAUGCUAAAGAUUUCUUGAAACAAACAUUUGAAACUGAUAGCGCUGCUAGACCUUCAGCAGCUGUAUUAGAAAGAAGCGCCUUUAUAACACAAAUAACAGCUACAGAAGCAGGUAAUAAAGAUGCUCUCAAGGAAGCAGUAGCAUCUACAGCCGAUGUCUCAACUCCAACACAUACUCAAGAUCUUGAAGUUUUGUAG